AGUUAAUUUUAUUCUUUACUUAAAAAACUAUUUCAAAUUUAUUUUCAAAUAAACAUAAAGUGUUUAUUUAUAAACAACGGGUUUAUCGCAUAACUAUGAAUUGAAUAUGUGAACAAGGGUUUCAUUUUCUAACGUAUAAAAUCAGAUAUUUGUGUGAAUAAGUUACAGAGUAUUUAAAUCAGAUGUAAUAAAUUGAUUUUAAAUAUAUAAAAUCAACUUGAAGCUAAAUUUGAAUAGUUCAAUAUAGGCACAGCCACUGUGGAUUUUAAUUUACCAUUUUAUUUCAAUAGGAGGAAUAUCCCUAUUCGGCGGUUUGUUUAUGGUUGUGCAAUGGUCAAUGUGGAUGUAGAAUACUGUGGAACCUGUAACUUCUCGCUGCAAUGCCAGCUGCUGCGACAAUUUCUGGUGGAUGCAGCGCCUGGGGUGCAGGUCUCCUGCCACCAGGGACGACGCGGCGCCUUUGAGGUGACCAUCGACGAUCAGCUGGUGCACUCGAAGCUGGCCAGCCUGGCCUUUCCCCAGCACCAAAGCGUGCUCGCCCAGGUGCAGCGCGCUGAGCGCGGCGAGCCGCUGCAGCCAGUGCAGCAGGCGCCGAUCAAGGACUGCAGCAUCAUGUAGAGAAGCCAAGCAACCAACAUAUUAAACACCAAAUAAAUAAAUAUUCUAGAAAAUA